AUGGGAGGCCAGCUGUCAGUGGACCCCAGUGUCCAUGUCGUGAUUGUGGGAGGAGGCUUUGGGGCAUUCAGCCGCCAGGCAACUGCAGUCCAAGGGGUCCCCUUCACUCUGGUGGAUCUCCGGGAUGCGUUUCACCACAACGUCAGCUCCCUGCGAGCAUCACUGCAGACCGGUUUCGCCCCGCAGACCUUCAUCCCCUAUGCUAAAACCUUUGGGGAGUGUUUCUGGCAGGGCCGCAUGGUGCAGAUUGACUUUGAGGCACAGCUCAGAGAGGUACUGUUUUCUCACCUCAUCCUGUGCACUGGUUGUGAUGGGCCCUUUCCAGGGAAGUUCAAUGAGGUGACCAUCAUGGGCGCAGCCAUUGGGAAGUAUGAGGACGUGGUGAAGCAGGUAAGCAGCAUGGUGGUGAUUGGCAGAAGAUCAACAGGAAUAGAAAUGGCAGCUGAGAUCAAAACGGAGUAUCCUCACAAGAAGGUUGUCUUGAUACACUCACAUGUCGCUCUAGCGGAUCCAGAGUUGCUGCCCAGUGUCCGACAGCAAGCCAAGGAGGUCUUGUUAGAUAAAGGGGUCCAGCUGGUGUUAGGAGCAAACUUGAGGCUCUCACUCAAUAUGACCCAGAAGAAUACAACGGUCAUCAGAGACAAAGGCACAGAGAUCACUGCUGACCUGGUCAUCCCCUGCACAGGGAAUAAGGUCAACUCCACUACCUACAGUGCAGCUAUGGUAGAUAAUGGAGCAUUGCGAGUGAAAGCUCACCUCCAGGUGGAGGGCUGGGAGAAUGUGUAUGCAGUGGGUGAUUGUGCUGAUGUCAAGGAGCCAAAAAUGGCCUACCAUGCUGGCCUGCAUGCAGGGGUGGCAGUUACCAACAUCAUCCACAGUCUGACCAACAAGCCUCUCUCUUGCUACAAGCCAGGGUAUAUGACCAUGCUGGCUGGACGAGACGGUGGGGUGGGACAGUUCAGUGGCAUCCGACUAGCCAGGACCCUGGUGGUGCAGGGAAAGAACAUGAAUCUGCUGUUAUGGAAGAGCUGCAGGGAGAUGGGGCAGGUGGCCUUGCAGUGAACGUGCUUUCACGUCUGCGUCAUCACCAGUCAGCACCGUGGCCCUGCUAGACCAGCUUCUUCAGUGCAGAGACCCCUUUUGCUCCCUGCAGUUCACUUUAAGAUCCUUAGACAGAAUACAUUAAAAGUAUCUUUUAACAAAUUUGUACUUACAUUUUUGAAGUAAACAUUUAACUUUUGUUAAAAAAUGAAGUAAAUUUUAUGAUCCAGUGUCUAUCCUUGUCAUUUUGUUGAAACUGACACUCUGGCUUCUUUAGAGAAGAAUUAGAUGGGUAAACAUCCUCUAGUCUGUGAACUUUAUUAAGGCAUCAAGUAAACAGUUAGUAGUCAGUCAAUUUGACAGUAAGCCUUUUAAGCUUAAAUUCCUACAGCACUAUUCUUCAGCAAUGUACGAGGGUGGAAGUGUUACACCUGACCCAUGUACACAAAGUAUAAAAUUUUGACCAACAAUUGCAUGAUUCAUCAUGCUUAGGGUACAGUUUGUUCUGCCAAGAUUAGUUCUAAAUAUUUGCAUAAACACUACAUUUUCCAGCUACUAAGUAAUUUUCUAGAUGUACAGUAUUUGGGGUUAUUUUCUGAAGAAUAUUAAGAAGGUUUAAUUGUUUAGUAUGGUGCCUCUUUAGUCUGGAGUUUGUUCACUAAUCUAUGUAGAGAACGGAGAGCUUGAUUUAGCCUGUCUUCCCACACGUCUUGUAUUUCAUUAGAUUGUUGGGAUACAUCCCAGCUGAUUUAGGCAGCCCCAAGAGCACCAGACCCAGCAGCUAUAUCAACCUGCAUCUCACAACUGGCAACCCACUGAAACUCAGCAGGAAUGAACCUGGCCUGUACCUGGAUGGGAGACCUACUGGGAAAAAACUAAGUUUAGUGCUGGAUGAGGUGUUAGUGAGGUCAGGUGUUAUUGAGGUGCAUACCCUGCAGUUUGUGUCGGUCCUUAUUUCACAGUAUAGCGACAGGGAUACUAUACUGUAGAAAAGGCACCGUCCUUUGGAUGGGACAUAAAACUGAA